AUGCCCGACGAAAAGGCGCCGCUGCACGUCUACGAGCGCCCCGCGAGCCCGCCCAUCCCCUCGUACGAAGAGGCGACCAGCUCGCGCCACACACGGACCGCCCGCCGCGGGCCCGACGAGGCCAGCGACGACGCCGAGCGGCAGGGCCUGCUCUCGCCAGACGCGCCUGUCCCGGCCAGCGGGCCCUCGCGCCGCAAUGCCUACUACCACCCGCCCAGCGUGCAGUCGGUCGACGAUGGCGACUCGGAGCUGGGCAGCCCCGUGCGCUCGAGCGCCGACGACGAGCAGCGCCAGAUCCUCGAGGAAAUGGACAUUCUGGACCCGGAGUCCGCCGACGACGACGGCCGCGCUCGCCGCAAUCGUGCGCGCGGCCGCUUCUCCAAGCGGCUGUCGAGCCUCACCAGCAGCCUGUCGAGCCUGCACCUGCCGCGCCUGGCCUGGCCCCGCCGCCUGCGCCCGUCGUUUGCGCGCGUCACCGACGGCCUGCGCCCGUCGGUCGCCUUUGUCGCCAAUCGCCUGCCCACCGUCCCCGACGAGUACAGGCCCGGGUGGAGCGUCAUUGCGCGGCUGUGCGGGCUGCUCGUCAUCGCCUCGCUCGUGUACAUGCUGGUCGCGAGCGAGGUCGUGCCCAUGGGCGGCGGGUUCGGCGCCCAGUUCAACGCCGAGUGGGUGCGCCACGAGGCCCAGAAGAACAUUGAGGGCUGGCGCAUCGAGAAGACGCUCGAGUACAUGACCAGCUUCGACCACCUGGCCGCCACCGAGGGCAGUUACGUCCAGGGGCAGUGGAUCGAGGGCAAGUUCAAGGACGCGCACAUGGACACGUACACGCACGACGAGUACUGGGUGUAUAUGAACUACCCGCAGAAAAAGGCGGGCCGUAGCGUGGAGGUGGUCGAGGGCGAGGCCAAGGGCUGGAAGGCCAGCCUGGAGGAGCCGUCCGUGUACAAGCCGGCGCGCGCCCAGACGCCGGCCUUCCACGCCCUGUCGGCGGCAGGAAGCGUCCAGGGCCCGCUAAUCUACGUCAACUACUGCGACACGAAGGACUUCAAGAGGCUGUGGGACAGCGGCGUCGACGUCCAGGGCGCCGUGGCACUGUGCAGGGAGUACGGGACACAGCCGGACCUGGCCAUGAAGGUCAAAGCGGCGCAGGACGCGGGCGUCGUCGGCGUGCUCGUGUACUCGGACCCCGUCGAGGACGGUUUCACAAGAGGCACAACCUGGCCAAACGGCAAGUGGCGCCCCGAGACAAGCCUAAGACGUGCUUCGGUCGCCCUGUCCAACAUGAUCCUGGGCGACCCCCUCACGCCGGGCAAGCCGAGCUCGAAGAAGCAGGACCGCGUGCCAAAGGACAAGAACCCGGGUCUGCCCAGGAUUCCCAGCUUGCCCCUGUCGUGGAAAGACGGGCAGAAGCUGCUCCAGUCUCUGGACGGCAUUGGCGAAAAGCUGCCCGAGGAUUGGAAAGGCGCGGUGCCAGACGUGAACUGGUUCUCCGGCCAUCCUGACAAGUCGCCGCGAGUGAACCUCUCCAACCACCAAGACGAAGUCGAGCAGCAGCGCAUCACCAACGUCUUCGGCUCCAUCCGCGGCCUCGAGGACACAGCCCACAAGGUCAUCAUCGGCAACCACCGCGACUCGUUCUGCUUCGGUGCCGCGGACCCUGGCUCCGGCACCGCCAUCAUGCUCGAAGUCGUGCGCGUGCUGGGCGACCUGCGCGCCCAGGGCUGGCGGCCCAUGCGCACGAUUGAGUUUGCGUCUUGGGACGCCGGCGAGUACAACCACGCCGGCUCGACCGAGCACGUCGAAGCCAACGCCGACUCGCUGCGCGAGAACGCGCUCGCGUACAUCAACAUUGACGCCGCCGUCACCGGCGACAAGCUCUGGGCCAACGGCUCGCCCAUCUUCACGCACGCCUGGCACCGCAUCCUGGACCGCCUAAACGACCCGCGCAUGGACAACAAGACGCUCAAGGAGCUGUGGGACGCGCAGGGCUCGCGCGUCGGCAACCUGGCCGCGGACCGCGACUCGGCCCCCUUCCAGUUCAUCGCCGGCACGUCCAGUCUCGACUUUGGCUUCGGCGCCAAAGACACGCCCGCAAACCCCAUGGCCGGCAGCUGCUACGAGACGUUUGACUGGAUCGCGCAGCACAUUGACCCUGGGUUUCUCUACCACCAGCUCCACGCGCAGCUGCUGGUCCUGCUCAUCCUCGAGCUGAGCCAGGAGCCCAUUGCACCGCUCCGCAUCACAAACUAUGCCGCGCAUCUGCAGCAAGAGGGCCAGAAGCUGCUCGACGACACGGAGAAGGCGGGCGGCGACUACGACAUCGCCAUGUUUGAGCCGCUGGUGCAGAGCCUGAGCGCCCUCAAAGCCAAAGCAGACGAGUUCCACAAGUGGGAGACGUUCUGGUACAACCAGGUCUACGCCACGGGCGGCUUCGAGACGACGAGCGUCACCAUGCAGCGCAUCAACCACAACGCCAAGAUGGGCCAGUUUGAGACGCUGCUGCUGGAUCUGCCGACGGGCCCCACCGACACGAGUCCGCGAGGCUUGCCUGGCCGCCAACAGUUCAAGCACGUCGUCUUCGCGCCGUCGCUGCACAACGCGCGCGAGAGCAGCGUGUUCCCGUUUGCACGCGACGCGCUCGAGAAGCUCGACUGGAAGCGCGCCAAGGACGCCAUCAGGAUGACGGCCGAUUAUUUGAACCGCGCCGGCGAUGUGCUGGGGCCGGGCUAG